AUGAUGAACGGUCAGAUGAACGGCUUCCAUAACUCUCUCAUCGAGGAAGACUGCUUUCUCUUCACCUCUGAAUCCGUCGGAGAAGGGCACCCCGAUAAGAUUUGUGACCAAAUCAGUGAUGCUGUGCUGGAUGCUCAUCUGAAACAGGACCCUGAUGCGAAAGUGGCCUGUGAAACUGUUGCCAAGACUGGGAUGAUCCUGCUGGCAGGAGAGGUGACAUCUCGGGCCAUUGUGGACUACCAGAAGGUUGUCCGUGAGACAAUCAAGCACAUUGGAUAUGACGAUUCUUCUAAAGGCUUUGAUUAUAAGACCUGCAAUGUGCUGGUUGCCCUGGAGCAGCAGUCACCUGACAUCGCACAGGGUGUUCACUUGGAUCGCAGCGAGGAGGAUAUUGGGGCUGGGGACCAGGGCCUGAUGUUUGGCUAUGCGACUGAUGAGACUGAGGAGUGCAUGCCCCUCACGAUCGUCCUUGCCCACAAGCUAAAUGCGAAGAUGGCUGAACUCCGCAGAAAUGGCACCCUGCCCUGGCUGAGGCCUGAUUCUAAGACUCAGGUGACUGUGCAGUAUCGACAGGACCGUGGAGCCAUGCUGCCUGUGCGUGUCCACACAAUUGUUAUCUCGGUGCAGCACGACGAAGAAGUGUGCUUGGAUGAAAUGCGCGAUGCCCUGAAGGACAAGGUCAUUAAGGCUGUGGUGCCCUCGGUCUACCUGGAUGAUGACACAGUCUACCACCUGCAGCCUAGUGGUCGCUUUGUCAUUGGGGGGCCUCAGGGUGAUGCAGGACUCACAGGCCGUAAGAUCAUUGUGGACACCUAUGGAGGAUGGGGUGCCCAUGGGGGUGGAGCCUUCUCUGGGAAGGACUACACCAAGGUGGACCGCUCUGCUGCCUAUGCUGCCCGUUGGGUGGCCAAGUCCCUGGUGAAGGCUGGCCUUUGCAGACGGGUUCUGGUCCAGGUAUCCUAUGCCAUUGGAGUGUCCCACCCCCUGUCCAUCUCAAUUUUCCACUAUGGGACAUCACAAAAGAGUGAGAGGGAGCUGCUGGAAAUUGUCAAGAAGAAUUUUGACCUCCGCCCUGGGGUCAUUGUCAGGGAUCUGGAGCUGAAGAAACCCAUGUAUCAGAGGACUGCAGCGUACGGCCACUUUGGUCGUGAUUCCUUCCCUUGGGAGGUGCCCAAAAAGCUGAAAUACUAAACAUGUAAAGCUUUUUUCCCCCCAGGCCUGUUGGUGUAUACUACAGAGAAGCCUGCAUGGUCUUGGAGGGGGAAGGCCAUUUAUUACAAAACAUCCAGAGCUCCUAAUGGCAAAAUUGAUACCCCUGACUCUGUCCUACAAUUCUAUUCCUCCUAGUUCCUGAUUCUCCUUCCCUGAGCAGUAGUGUAGUGGUAACUUGUUUGGGUUUUGUUCAUCUUUUGUGGUGGUUUGAGCUCUUGCAUGUGUCCACUAGGCCUCUCCCCUUUUCACAUCCUGCUUGUGAGGCUGUAGCUUGUCAACGGACUCCCUUUCUUCAGGCUGUGGGCCCAUGGGUUCAUUACCCUUCGGCUUCACACGCAUGACUGCCAUCAUGCCAAAUCGACUUCCUCUGUUCUUGGUGCUGUGUGUGAUGGUGCUGUUUGAAAGGGUGUUGUGGGGAAAGGGCCUCAUAGCUGUCAAGUUAAGACUGACUGACUAGAAAGGCCUGGUGGCUGGUGCCUUGUGCACACUAGACGAUUCAUCUUAAAUUCUCAGAUGGAAGUAUGGUCUUGGUCUGAGCUCUCUGCAAGAGAACUGGUGCUGCGGAAAUGAAGAGAUCAUGGCUUGGUGCUGUGGGUCCUUCUGCAGUGUAUCUUUCUAAAUUCCUAAAGCAGUCAUCCUGGACAAUGGGAACUUUUUUUGUGAUUUGAAAGGAACUCAGCCUGGUAGCUACCUGCUUGUCUCUGUAGAUGUCUUUUGCUUUUAUGUAGUUGAGCUGCAGUGAUUGCUGAUGGUUGCUAGCAGUUUAACCUUCCCAAUCCUGUUUUCCCUCCUGUCGGUCACUGGAGGAUCUAAUGAUGGCACAAUUGCUAGCAAAUGUUAUUGGCACCCCCUCCCCCUUUUUAGAGCCCCUAGGCAUCAUAGGCUUAAGGCACUGGCCAGACAGUUUGUUUAAACCUUGGCGUUGAUUGUAGUCUAUGCAGACUGUAGCCGUUUUCUGACGUACUACAGAAAAGUCAGAAGCUGCUAUGCCCGGCUCCAUCUGUAUACAGUCUGAGGCUAUUGUGGUGAUACUACUUGAUUUUUAUUUUUAUUUUUUUUUCUUAAGAUUUAAAUGCAACUUUCAAAUUCCUUCAAAAGGCAGGUUUAAUUUUUCCUUUUUAACAAGGAUUUUAAAAUUGGUUAAAGACAGACACUCCUUUCCCCUACUCCUCCCUUCUGGUACUGACGACAGGCAUAGCUACAGAAAACCUGCUCGGCCGUUACCCUGAAGGGCUGUCUUAACCAUCAUUGAAGCUCUUGAUACUUGAAGAUGAAAAUGGAAACCAAUCUUAGUGUUUGUAUUUAUUGUGUUCUGGAACUUGGCGUGGAUACAGAGAAGCUGGUUUCAGAAGGCAGCUUUUUUAAACAAUGUUUUAUAUUUUUCUCUUUUUGUUGUUCCCAAAUGCUGUAUUUCGCAUUCUGUUUCCAGUGGUUCCCCUGUGGUCCAAAGUGUCCUACAGAAAAGCUUUGGGUUCUAGCCAUGGGGGCUGCUGGCAUGCUUGAUCUGUUGAGUGUCCUGGAUGAAAUCUAGCUUGAGCACAUCGUGUCACGGAAAGCAUGCCUUGGUCGCGGGGUGCAGAGUUUGGCUGGUGUUGUACAGAGAAGCCAGCCUUGUUUACAUGCCCGCUGAUGGGUUGCCACCUUGCGUGUUCUGGGUUUUGCUUAAUUUCCCCUCUCCCACUGUCUUGGAGCACCGUCUGAAUGCUGGUUUCUCCAAGUUUAAAAAGUGCCUUUUCUGUUUUUCCACCCCCAACUUCCACAAACAUGAAGAAAGGUAACAUGACCCUAUCCUUUCCCCUAGGUCUCAAACCUCCAGAAUCUGAGUACUAACCCUCUUGUCAAAGAUCUAAAUAAAAGUGCUUAAUCAUUCCGGAA